GAGAAAUGGUAACUUUGGUAAGUUGAUUAAUCGUGUGGGUGGUUAACUUUCAAAUCCUAACAAUUUUUUCUUUCAAAUCCUAACAAUUUUUUUUCCGUAUUUCUUAACGCUCUAAAAUUUGUGCUCAUAUCCAAGCAAAUCCCAUUUCUUUUAAAAUUACACCCAUUCUAAACCUCUAAAAUCUUUUUCCAAAUUCACCACAGCGAGAGAGAGAAUAAAAGAAGAAAAUUUGUGGAAGAAGUACUGAACUCUACCUAUUCUUCAGGAAGACCUUACAGGAUAAAGGCAAGAAUGAUGAUGACAAUGAUAUGGCCUAGUGAUGAAAAAAGUAGCAAGCACUCAUGUUAAGUUUAUUACAUGGACCACAGUCUUGCUAAUGAGCUCUACUCGGAAAGUUUGCAGCUAUCAAAUGUUGAAUUGGGUUCAACAUCAACUGCCAACACUAAGCAGUUUGAUUCACACGACUUUGAUGAGGAUGACCCAUGGUAUGAAGAUGGAUCCUCUUGGAAUGAUUCUAUUGAGGAUUUGGAUAAAGCAUCUGAUUUGGACAGGGAGUGGCAGAGGAGGCGCGAUCAGUUCCAUACGCUUGGAUAUCGUAAUGGUGUCAUGAAGGGGAAAGAAGCUGCUAUGCAGGAGGGGUUUAAUAUUGGAUUUAAAGAAUCUGUGUAUGCUGGGUUCAACUGGGGUCUUGUUAGAGGCAUUACUAGUGCUAUGACUUGCCUUUCGGAUGAGUUGAAAGUACGGUUAGUUGAGACACAGGAAAAGAGAAAUAAGUUCCAGGGCUUGUAUGAAUGUGCACAUUCUCUUUCAACAGCUGAUGCACUGAAGUUGUUCCAUCGGGAUAUCCUGACAGAGAAGUCAGUGAAACAGCACGAGGAUGCUGAGCCCAACUCCUACAAGGCUGAUUUGCAAGAUCAAAGUUCAGAUGGCAGUCUCCUGAGAAAUUGCUAUGGACAGCUUCAAUCACUUCUUGAAUGUUCCGAAAUCAAAGUGCAUUUAGAGAUUGACCAGUAGAUACCUUUAUUUCUUAUGCACAACUAAUUAACAUUGAUGAAGUCAUUUGGUUUACACUGCAAGGAGAAGGGAGGGGAAACAAGCUGUCAAGAAUUUUGGUUGUAGUUUGUGUAAUAUUUUGAAGGAUUUUGAUUCUUUUUGAGAGAAAUGCAGUUAGUGAUUGUGACUAAUGUCAUGUCCAUAUCUCAUAAAAAGAAUAUAUUCUUGAUCAUUUUAUGA